AUGAUCUUUGAGAGAACCACUACUGAGGUGAUAGAGGCGGUGGUUAUAGAGGCGGUGGUUAUAGAGGGGGUGGUUAUAGAGGGGGUGGUUAUAGAGGGGGUGGUUAUAGAGGCGGUGGUUAUAGAGGGGGUGGUUAUAGAGGCGGUGGUUUAUAGAGGGGAGGCGGUGGUUAUAGAGGCGGUGGUUAUAGAGGCGGUGGUUAUAGAGGCGGUGGUUAUAGAGGGGGUGGUUAUAGAGGCGGUGGUUAUAGAGGGGGUGGUUAUAGAGGCGGUGGUUAUAGAGGCGGGGGUGGUUAUAGAGGGGGUGGUUAUAGAGGCGGUGGUUAUAGAGGGGGUGGUUAUAGAGGGGGUGGUUAUAGAGGCGGUGGUUAUAGAGGCGGUGGUUAUAGAGGGGGUGGUUAUAGAGGGGGUGGUUAUAGAGGGGGUGGUCGUAAUGUUGCUGCUGGGCUGGGGCUGUCUGCUUCUCGCCCACUGCGGCUCUGGCUUCGGGGUGUCCGCUCCACCCACUCUCAACAUCAGCCUGGACCAGGAGCCAGAGGAGCGCUGGAAGCCCCUGAGCCUUUACUUCGACCCCGCGUAUCUCAAGAACGCAUCGGACAAAGUUAUUGAGUAA